AUGGAAUGGGUGUUUUGCUUGGCUCUAUUUUUGGGACCGUGGACAGCCGCAAUAACCGGCACAAUAAAAUCGCCUUGGAUAAAUGAACAUCACACAUUAUUCCCCUGCCAGGAACGAUUGAGAAGAAAAUCUGCGCCAGCUUUGCCGAUCGCGACAGUUCCGUCAUUUUUGCACACCAGAGUCUUCAUUUUUUCCGCGUCCGUCGGCUCACUUUCCGACGAGCAAUUGCGCAAUUGCCCGGUAAUUAAAGACACAUCAGACUCGGCUGUUGGUUUGAAGUCUACGUGGUUUAUUCCUCCGGGUAGCUCCCUUAAAUUAUUAAAAAAAAUUCUUACCUCUGCAAAAUUUGCCAGUUUCGCCGGAUUAGGUUUUCCGACACUAAAAAUAUACGACUUUAUAUUCUUGCUCUUGAGGAUACUUUUCACCAUAUCAAGCACGUCCAAAUAA